AUGACGACCACGUCCCCAGCGGGAUCAGAGAAAUCGGCCCUGGAGAAGAUAGGGGAUGAGCUAAGGAGCAUGGCAGCCAAUAUGGUUACCAAAGCCAACCUGCACACCCUCACAGCCACAAUCCAAGACACCCUAAGAGCUGAAAUGGCAGGGAUACGCGCGGAGGUGGCUACCCUCGUGGGCCGCAUGGCUGUGGUACAGGAGACAACGGAGGCCCUCGAGGUGAAACUCACGACGACGGACACGGCAGUGACUCGACAGGGCGCACUGCUGUUAGCUAUGAGGAGACACCUCGAGGACUUGAAUAAUAGAGGGCGGAGGUACAAUAUACGUGUCCGUGGAGUUCCAGAGACAGAUAGAGACGAGAACGCUGGGGAGGUUCUCGCGGAACUCUUCCAGGCCAUUCUGCACAUGGACACCCCUCAACAAAUUGAGUUUGAGAGAGCUCAUAGAGCCCUGAGACCGCGGUCACUGGAGGAGGGCCCGAGGGACCUCAUUUGUUGUCUACACUCUUUUCCAGUAAAAGACGCCAUUAUGAAGAAGGCCCGCGAAAGACCUACGUGGCCUUACAGGGGAGCGCAAGUAUCACUUUACAACGAUCUAUUCUCCAUAACACUGGAAGCACGACGGGCACUCCGGCCAGUGACCUCAGCCCUGCGGAACAACAACGUAACUUAUAAAUGGGGGUUACCCUUUGCCCUGACACAGAAACGGAUGGAUCUCCCUGCGGUGGCCCGAAGAAGUACCAGGAUUCAUGGAAGAGAACCUACACCAGUCCCUAACUGGAUUUUAGACCCACAGGGGCCGCCACCACGCCCUCAAAGAGCUCCUAGACGCCGAAACAGAAGAAACCCAUCGGGAGGAACCCGGCAUCCCCGGAAGAAUGAGAACAAACACCUACACACGACAGCGAUUGCCACACUGCAAGCCCGGAAGCUAGGCCCACUUUGA